AAGAUGACCUAAAUCCCAAUUCAUUAAUCUACACGAGAGAGAGAGAGAGAAGGUCUAAAACUAAAACUUUUCUUCUCUCUCUAGAAGACGAGCUAAUCACCGCACCUAUUUCAUUUCUAUCUUCAUCUUCAUCAUCAACAAACCAAAAAACCUAGGGUUUACAAAAUCACCAUGAGAGAUGCAAAUCUGGAUCUGUUCGAUCCGAGAACAACGGCUGUCAUGGACUCUUCAGACUACACUUCCUCCGAUGUCAGCCGCGGUGACGCCGACUUCGGUUUCGCCUUCAACGAUAGCAAUUUCUCCGAUCGUACUCUUCGAAUCGAGAUUGUUUCUGAAUCCGCUGAGGCCAGACUUGAUGGAGAAGGUUGCACUAGUAUUGCUGAUUGGGCGCGGAAUCGCAAGCGCCGGAGACAAAACGCGUUUGCAGCUGUAGACAUGGCUGCUGUAGGUCCAGAGGAGCAAAUUCUGAAUCAGCCGGAUAGCAUUCCUGAUGAUGCAGAAAUCGAAAACCAGGAUGAGGAGACUGCAGCAAUGAUUGAAGAAGCACCAUCAGGAGAUGAAGGUGCAAACGACGUUGAUUCAAACUGGAGCAUGGAGUGUUCGACAGUUCUGAGAGUAGAAACUCUACACAUUAGUUCUCCAAUUUUGGCUGCGAAAAGUCCAUUUUUCUAUAAGCUCUUCUCUAAUGGUAUGCGGGAGUCAGAGCAACGAAAAGUAACUUUGCGGAUAAAUGCAUCUGAGGAAGCUGCACUUAUGGAACUCCUUAACUUCAUGUACAGCAAUACCUUAACGGUGACAUCUGCACCUGCACUGCUAGAUGUGUUGAUGGCUGCUGAUAAGUUUGAGGUGGCUUCUUGCAUGAGGUAUUGCAGUCGUUCAUUGAGAAACCUGCCUAUGACGCCCGACUCUGCACUGCUGUAUCUUGAACUCCCAUCGAGUGUUUUAAUGGCUGAAGCAGUUCAACCGUUGACCGAUGCAGCAAAACAGUUUCUUGCUGUUCGUUACAAAGAUAUAACCAAGUUUCAAGAAGAGGUUCUUAAGUUACCUCUCGCUGGAGUGGAGGCAAUACUGGCUAGUGACGAUCUCCAAGUUGCAUCAGAAGAUGCGGUUUACGAUUUCGUUCUUAAAUGGUCUAGAAUCCAGUACCCUAAACUUGAAGACCGUCGAGAAAUCCUAGCCACACGUCUUGCUCAGUACAUUCGUUUCCCCUACAUGACCUGCAGAAAGCUCAGAAAAGUCAUGGCAUGCAGCGACUUUGACCAUGACUUUGCACAAAAAGUCGUGGUUGAAGCCCUCUUCUUCAAAGCUGAAGCCCCACACCGACAACGCACACUAGCUGCUGACGAGAACCCGAAUUCAAACCGCCGAUUCAUUGAACGGGCCUACAAGUACCGGCCCGUUAAGGUGGUGGAAUUCGAACUGCCACGUCAGCAAUGCGUGGUGUACCUGGAUCUGAAGCGUGAAGAGUGUGCGAAUUUGUUUCCGGCGGGACGAGUCUAUUCUCAAGCUUUUCAUUUAGGAGGUCAAGGGUUUUUCUUAUCGGCUCAUUGUAAUAUGGACCAGCAAAGCUCGUUUCAUUGUUUCGGGCUUUUUUUGGGCAUGCAGGAAAAAGGGUCGGUGACGUUUGCGGUCGACUACGAAUUUGCCGCGCGGUCGAAGCCUACGGAAGAAUAUAUCAGCAAGUAUAAAGGGAAUUAUACGUUUACGGGUGGAAAGGCGGUCGGUUACCGAAACUUGUUUGCGAUUCCGUGGACUUCGUUUAUGGCUGAGGAUAGUCUUUACUUUAUUAAUGGCAUUCUCCAUCUUCGGGCCGAGCUUACGAUUAGGCAUUGAAGAUUUGAAAAUCGGUUAGUAAUAAUUCUAACCUGUUGUAUGUUUUUGUCUCUCAACACAAAACAAAACAAAACCUCUGGAAAUGUGAAUUGGUAUCCGGAUAUGGAACUAGAACAUUUCUGUUGUUUUCGUGUAAACUUGUAUUUGAUAGUAAAAUUAUGAAAGCUAUAUUAUAUUAUAUUAUAUUAUAUUAUAUUAUUACAAGACUGGUAUAUGGGCCUUAAAUCAAAGGUCAUUUUGUUACUAGUA